CGGCCGGUGAAAGAUGUUGCGAAUUCUUGUUUUUUUUUUGCAUUACAGUGUGUGACUUUGUGCUUAUGAAUUAAAAAUGAGAUUGGAUUUCGCACAUUCAGAUCAUUAGCAAUUUUUCCAAAGAUACCAAAAUGGAGAUAAAAUCGCCAAAAAUAAAGAAAAAAUCGAGCAUGUCCCGACUUGUUAGCUGGAGUAAAAUGUUCCGGACACCGAUUUUGGUAGUGUUCCUCCUCGGCACGUCCACUUGUGACACAGAAACGGACAUUGUCGACCAUGCCAACAUCGUCGAACAUGACACGAACAUUGCAAAUAAAAACUAUAAUUCAAUAAACAAAAACGUGUUAAGUGAUAUGAGAUAUUUGAGACGUAACUUGAAUAAGCAAGUGGUGAAUUUCAUAAUGACCGACGUUCUUCAAGAUGGUGAAGUGGAGAAUCGGAUACAUUUCAACGGGAUAACAGCUAAGGAGACCUAUGUUGGCUCUGAUAGAAGCGGUAUAAAACUUCGUCAACUCACCGACGGCCGCCAUCUUGUGCAAGUCAUUUACGCACAAAAUGGCGACAUACAAGACUGUGAAUUCAUCCCGCACGGCAAAACAACAAAAAACUUUUUGAAAACGUUAAGAAAAGAAUUAAAACUGGCGUUGGAUGAACAAUUGUAUAAAUUGACGGAUGAAGACAAGAUUUCCAAAGAGGAAGAAAAGUUCAUCCACCAUUUUGGAAAUGUGACAUUUCGAAUUUUGAAAAGUAGUGACGAGAUGCCAACCGAUGUGGCUGGCUGGUUGGAUUAUGACAAAUUGAAAAUGGAAUGCCUACAAAGGCAUGAGGAGUUAAAAUAUAUGGUUGAGCAUAAAAAUAGGGUUGGAGAAAGCUCUUUGGCAAGGUCUCAACGCUCAUUGAGAGAAAAUUUCAUAGUACCUGGAACCAAAUGGUGCGGAGCUGGACAACUGGCUGAGGAAUACAACGAACUCGGAUCAGAUGUGAGAGAAGACAGAUGCUGUCGUAGUCACGACAACUGCAGAGUUAAUAUUGGCGCGUUCAAACGUCGAUUUGGAUAUUUCAACUAUAGGCCGUUUACAGUUUCCCACUGCCGCUGUGAUAGGAGACCGAAACGAGACGCAAUGGAACUCCUCAGAGUGCCAGGAACAAAAUGGUGCGGCAAGGGAUUUUCAGCUACAAGAUAUUCUCAAUUAGGUGGUUAUACGAAAACAGAUAGAUGCUGCAGGGUGCACGAUUUAAGAUGUCCUUUCUGGAUAGGCGGAAUGGAGAAGAAGUACGGCCUUUUCAACUGGAGGGUUAAUACACUAAUGCAUUGCCGCUGCGACGAAAGGUUCCGUGCGUGCUUGAAGCUAGCUGAUACGUCAGUGUCCAACAUGGUGGGCAAGGUGUUCUUCAACGUCGUACAAACCAAGUGCUUCGUGCUCAAGCCGGUCAAGAUGUGCACACAACGAAGCUGGUGGGGUAAAUGCCUUCGACGAGGAUACAUGAAGCAAGCAUUCUUAAGAGACAACCUGCCAUACUAAUGAAAAGAAAAACAAAUACAAUUUAGUGAAACAAAACAUGAAC